AUGAUAGAUACCCUCCCAGCUGAAAUAGUCAGACACGUGGCAUCCUUCCUCUCCCAAGAGGAUAAGGUCUCAUUAUCGUAUGUGUCCCGCACAAUGUAUGAUUUGGUGAUACCGAAGUUGUAUGAAAAUUUAUACAUUAGCGCCUACUAUUACUUUCCUUGCGAUGAACCAUCAUUAGGUACAUCCUAUUGGUCAGUACUAGAUUUUAGGUACCUUGAGAUUGCUAAGACCGGAGGUAAGAUCAAAGAUUAUGAUGAUGAACGUGCUGCAAAUCGUAAGCUCGCAACUCAUAAGUUUAAGUGCCUUGUAGAUACACUAUCUAGUGCACCAAUGAAAUUUUGUCCGCUUAUUAAAAGAGUUCAUAUGACAUGGCAUGUAGACAGCGAUUUAUUACUUCUCUUCGUUAAACUACUAAAUAAGUAUGGAAGCAGCUUGAAGUCUUUUGAGAAUUUCUUAAGCAAGGAUGUUAUGAAUUUCUUAAUAGAGAGACAACACCCCUUGGAAUCAUUAACAAUUGCACCACCUCAGGUGCUUCCUGAAGAAUCAGAGGUUACUGAAGAGUAUUUUAUCACUACACGGUCCUUAAUAUCACAUUAUAAUUUUGAUUAUUUGCAAAAUUUAAACAUACCUGUCUAUGCCUGCACUUUCUUCAAGAAAUUAGAUAAACCAAUGGCAAUUCGAUCAUUAUGUCUCAACCUUCGACCUGACACAUAUAAUGCCGAAGGCCCAAACAUUGACGGUAUUCAUUAUUAUGACAUUUUUGACGUGAAUUCUUUGAAGGAACUUGAAAUUCUUUCCUGGUAUAAUAAUAAGCACAUUGAAGACGUUUAUGACUUAUGGAACCUACGAGACUUUGUAGCUUUUACUAAAAUCGAAGAUUUCUCAAUGUUUUCUUUGCGAACUAAUAAUAAUUUUCUUAAAGAAUGUCUUUCAAACUAUGGAAAUUUAAAGAGAAUAAAACUUGAUUAUUUAGACCCAGAAGUUUUAAGUAUUGCCUUUCUAACUGAAAUUGCAAGAUAUGACUGUGCAAAGUCAUUGACCUCAAUUGAUAUUAAUUGUGAAAAGAAAGAACCCGAACCAAUUACGUCUACUUUUAAUUUCGAAAUCAACAUCAUGUGUAAAUGUGAAAAAUGUCAGGAGACAAUGGAAUCUGUCAUAUUCAAGAAAUACAUCGGGCCACAUGAUUCUCGGAAGGCAGUGGAUUACUAUGAUAGGGAACGCAGAGAUUUUCUUAUGCAAAUAUAUAAAUGCUUCCCCAUUUUACCGCAUAGUAACUUAGGAAAAUAUCCAUCGAUUGGAUUUGACGCAAGACCACUGAGUAAUUUUGUUAACAAUGUCAAUGGAAUACUGCAUCGUAAUUGUAAUGACCCCAAAUAUGUGACAGCAUCUGAUGUUAUAAAAUUAUACCAUUUACAUCUACAUUCAUACAGAAGGACUUUUGAUUUCUUUAUUCAAAAUUUCAAAGCUUUGAAAUUUUUAACCUUGAAUGGACUACCAACAAAGAUUGUGGAAUAUGAUAGCAAACAAAGAUGUAAUAUCCCAGUUUUCUUUGUCAAUGGAUAUAAAAGUAAUCAAAUACAUGAAAUUGUUGAUGAUGAUUCAUUAUUCGAUUAA